AGCUAAAAGCCUAAAACGUAGGCUAAAACAGAACAUGAUUCAACAAGAUAAUAUAGAUAACAUAGCAGAAACUUCAAAAGACAAAACAAUACAGUUUAUUUCUUUGAGAGAAAAGCUUGAAUCUUUUAACAAAAGCAUCAUCAUCAUACAGAUCAAACACAGCAGCAGCCAAAAAGGCUCAAACUUUCGUAUCAAUUCCACAAAAAGACUCAGACUUUCAAUCUUACCCCCACUCAACAUUGAGAGACUCGUAAUCCCAAUACUCUUUGGGACGGAUCAUGUUCACGUCGGUGUAGACACACGAGCCUUCGACAUCACGGUGGGAAGAGAUAUCUCGUCGAGUGGAUAUGGAUUGAGAUGAGGAUCGAAGCUGCUUCCUUUGGUGACGACGGUCGAAGGUGAGGUAGGAGAAACCGACUGAUCAGUCGGGAAAGAAAUGAGAGAGAGGAGAAAACUUCCAUGUCUGAUGCGUGUCCAUAAGCAACGCUGCUUCUGCCUCCUAAUUAAGCCACGGUGCUUCAAAUAAAAGAAAGUGAUUUGGAAAAAAACAAAACCAAACUUAGUUAGUAAGAAGUACUUUCCACUAUUAUCUUCCUUCACCACCAACUUCAUUUCACAAUAAUAAUGUUCAAUAACACCACCACCUCCGGCGCCGGAGCCGUCGUCCCUACUCCCUCUUCUACAGUUCCCACCACCUUCUUCCCCGGCACCACCAUCACUACAAAUUCCACCUUCAUCAUCUUCGGACCUCCUCCACCGUUCCCGGCACCUCCUCGGAGCAUCAACCUCACUCCUCUCAUACUAAUCUUCGCCGUCAUAGCAAUCAUCGCCGUUCCCACUUUAGUAUACGCUCUUUUCCCAUGUUCUUCUCGCCGCCGCAGAUCCUCUUCCUCCCGCCGUACCAGUUUCUCCGACGAUCACGUCACGGUGGAUAUCACAUCGCCGAACAUGCCCGAGAGAGGCGCCUCAACCGCCGCCGCGCCUGAUUCGGGCGUGAAAUUCAAGAAAGAUACUCAUUCCAAGGAGAUCGGGAACGAGUGCACCGUGUGUCUGUCUGUGUUCGCCGACGGCGAAGAGAUCCGGCGACUGAGCGCGUGUCAGCACGCGUUCCACGCGUCUUGUAUUGAGACGUGGCUCAAAGAUCAUCCCAACUGUCCAAUUUGCCGAGCAGACGUCGCCGUUAAACAGACAGAAGCCAACGUUAACGUUAACGUGAAUAGCAGCGGUGGCGGUAACCGCCGAGUUCCAUCUUCUAGUUUAGUUUGAUUUUUCUUAUUUUUUUUUGUAAUUUAUUUAUCGAUUUUGUAAUCUGUGAAAUGAUUUUGAAGUAUUUAUUGUGGCUGUUAGCAAAUUAUGUUGUGCUCGUUAA